GUCCUCACGUUCCCUUUCUACUACUCCACCCCCCGGCCUCGCCACCCCUCCAUGAAUCCACCCGCUCCCCUUCCCCGGACCCCGCCCAUGUCGUCGCCGCCGGUGCCCUCCCUCCGCCUCCCGCUCCGCCCCUCCCUUCUGCCCCCGACCACCAAAACAACAAACACCCUCUCCCGCCGCGCCACACCCCCGGCUCGCUGCCUCCUCCUCGCGCCGCCCCGUGCUGUCCCGAAGCCGCUCGUCGCCAUGUCGUCGUCCGCGUCCUCCUCCUUCCGCUCCCCGCUCCUCCACGCCUGCCGCCCCUGCGCGCUGCCCGAGACCUCUUCAACCCCCGAAUUGACCCUCAAGGACCCGAAGAAGUACGAGGACUGGGACUCCCUGACGGCCAGGUUCGCCGGCGGCGCCAACGUCCCCUUCCUCCUCCUCCAGCUCCCGCAGAUCGUCCUCAACGCCCGCAACCUCAUCGCCGGCAACAAGACCGCGCUCUUCGCCGUCCCCUGGCUCGGGAUGCUCACCGGGCUUCUCGGCAACCUGUCGCUCAUGUCCUACUUCGCCAAGAAGAGGGAGACGGAGGCUGUCGUCGUGCAGUCUCUUGGAUGCAUCUCCACCUACGUUGUUAUUGCCCAGCUUGCGAUAGCGGAGUCCAUGCCGCUGCCGCAGUUUAUCGCCACUACAGCUGUCGUGGCCACCGGGCUCACCCUCAACUUCCUCAAUUACAUUCGCUGGCUCCCGGAAGGAGCCUGGAUGCUAUGGGAGGAUUUCAUGACAAUCGGUGGCCUCGCCGUGCUCCCCCAGGUCAUGUGGUCAACAUUUGUUCCCUUCAUCCCCAAUAGUGUCCUGCCUGGCAUCAUCUUUGGCUCUUUGGCUAUUGUUGCUGUUGCGAUGGCAAGAAUGGGCAAGCUUUCCGAGGGAGCAACUAAAUUUGUGCGGGCAUUGUCUGGUUGGACUGCCACACUUCUAUUCAUGUGGAUGCCAGUUGCACAGAUGUGGACAAACUACCUCAACCCAAGUAACAUCGAAGGCCUGUCAGCUUUCACAAUGUUGCUUGCAAUGCUUGGAAAUGGACUUAUGCUUCCUCGUGCUGUAUUUAUCAGAGAUCUGAUGUGGUUCACUGGUUGUUUUUGGGCAUCUCUCCUUCAGGGUUGGGGUAACCUGGCCUGCAUGUACUGUUUCAACACCAUCAGCAGAGAAUUUUUCUUCGCGACGACAUUCGGACUUAUUUCGUGGCUAGUUUUCACUAUCUGGAGAGACACCGCUGCCUACGGCAACAGCUCACCCAUGACUUCUGUGAAGGAGCUUGUUUUCGGAAAGUGAUAACACAAUAAGCAAGCACAUGAAGCAGCUGACUGAUCCGGGGUAGGAAGCUCGCCUACAAUAAUUUCCGGUGAAUGUCAAGACAUUGUGGUAGAAUCUUGGUAAGCAUAGAGGUGAAUGAAAGAAACUCGCCGUGGCCGACAACUUAUGGCCGUGGUGAGCCGAGAGUCCCCCCCAACCCGCAGAAAGCGCCAUGAAAGUUCACAUGGUAACAGAAGCUACCGUGCGGGCCGCCAGCUUGCGCAUCCGGCAGAGAGGGUACAGUCUACAGUGUAGCAGAUCUAUCUAUCUAUUCGUUGUAAGAAAAAAGGAAGUCAUUGUUUCUUUCUUAUCUUGAAUAAAGUUAUCAGCUCAUGCUGGUUUGCAAAUAUGCAAUAAUCAGAGGCUAUCUAUUCUUCUUAUAUUA